AUAUCUCGUGUAAAAAGUCGAAGUUCUAGCGAGAUUCCUCCUCGACUUACAUCCGCUUACUCCGCCGCAUCGACACAACCUCACGACCUGCCCAUUAGAGUAAACGGCCAUGGCGGGAACCAGCCGCUUUAGAUUCGUGGCUAUAGCCAUGAUAUUCCAUCUGGUCUAUAUAUACUCUAUCUUUGAUAUAUAUUUCGUCAGUCCUAUUGUUAGUGGCAUGCAAUUGUUCCGGGUAGAGAGGCCUGUAGGAAUAAAAGCGCCAGCAGAUCGACUGGUUCUCUUUGUUGGCGACGGACUGCGCGCUGACAAGGCUUUCCAAUCGCAUCCCGAACCAUACCCACAGACCGAAGCGGACAACACCCCAAGGCCACUUGCUCCUUACCUCCGUUCCCGCGUACUAGAACACGGCACAUUUGGCGUAUCGCAUACGAGAGUUCCUACGGAAUCUAGACCUGGUCACGUCGCGCUAAUAGCUGGACUUUACGAGGAUGUUUCUGCUGUGGCCACUGGCUGGAAGCUCAACCCGGUCAAUUUCGACAGUGUCUUCAAUAGAAGUGCGCAUACGUGGAGUUGGGGCAGUCCCGAUAUUCUUCCCAUGUUCCAGCAUGGCGCAACGCCCGGCAGGAUAGAUGCGGAUUAUUACAGUGCUGAUUUCGAAGACUUUUCAAAAGAUGCACUUGAACUAGAUCUCUACGUGUUCGAUCAUGUGAAGGAACUGUUCGCCGCCGCGGAGAAGAAUAAGACACUGAAUGAAGCCCUCAAGCAAGACAAGAUUGUAUUUUUCCUCCAUCUCCUGGGACUCGACACUAGUGGUCAUUCAUACCGGCCAUACUCGAAGGAAUAUCUACAUAAUAUUAAAGUUGUCGAUCAAGGUGUUAAGGAGACGGUCGAACUGAUCCAGAAGUUCUAUAAUGAUGAUAGGACUGCCUUCGUCUUCACGGCUGACCACGGAAUGAGCGAUUGGGGAAGCCACGGAGAUGGCCACCCAGACAACACUAGAACGCCAUUAAUUGCAUGGGGAUCGGGGGUCGCAAAGCCAUUGGUACAUCCGGGCGCCGUCGCACCAGGCCAUGAUGAAUAUUCCUCGGAUUGGAACUUGGACCACAUCAAGAGGAAUGACGUACAGCAAGCCGACGUUGCAGCCUUGAUGGCUUAUUUGAUCGGCGUCGAAUAUCCGGCUAAUUCUGUGGGUGAGCUCCCGCUAUCAUAUCUCUCGGCCGAUAUCAAAGAGAAGGCUGAAGCGUCUCUGGUAAAUGCUCAAGAGAUCCUCGAAAUGUAUAAAGUGAAAGAGAAGAGCAAGAAAGAGAACGAAAUAAGAUACCGUCCUUAUAAACCUUUAAGCGAAGAAAACGGUUCAUCACCUGAGAGUCGGCUGUCAUAUAUCAAGGAAUUGAUCAACAAGGGAAAUUUCGAAGAGUCCAUCGAAGAAUCCGCGGCGCUGAUGAAAAUCGGACUCGAGGGAAUGCGUUAUUUGCAGACUUACGAUUGGUUAUUCUUGAGGGCUCUCAUUACCAUCGGUUAUCUUGGAUGGAUGGCGUACGCUCUAACAACUGUUUUAGAUCUGCACGUUUUGCAAGGAACGACAGCGGCCUCGAGAACUCUUGGUAGUACCAUUGUUUUCUCCUCUGUCCUCGUUUUACUUUACUCGUCUUUCAUCAUAGGUCACUCGCCUAUUACAUACUAUGCAUACGCUUUCUUCCCCGUAUUCUUCUGGGAAGAAGUUUACGCUCGCAGAGACAGUUGGAUCAAGGGAAGACAAGCCUUGUUUGGCCAUAUCAAAACCGGAGCUAAUGUUCUGACUCUCGUGCUCAACAUGAUCACGUAUAUUGGAAUUAUCGAGUCACUGGCACUUGGAUACAUUCAUCGGGAAAUCUUCACCGUCUUGUUCGUUGUCGGGUCGUUUUACCCGAUUACCAUGGGAAUCUCUUUUUUACAAAAGCAUGCCAUUCUGUCUGCAACAUGGUUCGUAGCAAGUCUGCUAAUGAGCGUUUUUACUUUAUUGCCAGCAAACAAGACUGAGAACAUCCCACUCACUAUGAUUGGUGGUUUACUCAUGGUUGUGGUUGGUAUUAUAUACUUAGCUUUUGAAGAUAAAUUCUUGGCCAACCUGCCGACUUCGAAGAGAUCUAACGCGGCCAAAAAAGGCAAUGAAAUCUCGAGGUCGUUGAUUGGUGUUCAAAUCGGACUCAUAAUCCUAGCUAUGCUUGUAACUCGAGACAGCGCCCGGUCUCUGCAGGCGAAAGAGGGCCUUCCGCGUGGAAACCAAGUUGUUGCGUGGCUGGUUCUAGUUGUGUCUUUUCUGAUGCCACUUGCUCAUCGACUUCAACCCAAUAACCACUACCUUCAUAGGCUCCUAGUAAUAUUCCUGACGUGCGCCCCGACCUUCGUUAUCCUCACUAUUUCCUAUGAGGGUCUCUUCUACUUUGCUUUCAACUUGCUGUUAGUCACCUGGGUAAGGCUAGAACAUCAUGGAUACGAAUUCCAACAAGCAACCAAGAAAGCUUUAGCAGAGGGGAAUAGCGCUGUGAAAGCAGCCGCAGCGACCGUUGUGUCCAAGUUCCGGCCGUUAACUUUAUCAGAUGCUCGCGUCGCAUUGUUCUUUUUCGUUCUGCUCCAAUCAGCCUUCUUCAGUACCGGCAACGUUGCAUCGGUCUCUUCGUUCAGCUUAGAGAGCGUAUGCCGCCUCUUCCCAAUAUUUGACCCCUUUUCCCAAGGGGCACUCCUAAUCCUCAAGAUCAUGAUCCCUUUCGUCCUCAUAUCGGCCAACCUAGGCAUUCUCAACAAGAGGAUAGGCGUAGCGCCAUCAGCCCUCUUCAUGGUUGCGAUAGCGCUAAGCGAUAUAUUGACCCUCCACUUCUUUUGGGUCGUGAAAGACGAGGGCUCCUGGCUCGAGAUCGGAUCCACAAUCAGCCAUUUUGCCAUAGCCAGUCUACUCUGCGUCUUCGUCGCCGCCCUUGAAGGCGUGAGCUCAUUAUUCAUCACCGGUGUUGAAGUAAAUAACUCGCACGAGUCGCCGGCUACCGCCAAACCAGUAACAAACGGGAAGACGCCGGAAGUACCGGUCGAAGCGACCAACGGCGAGGCGAAACAUGAGGAUUCGUCUCCCGUAAAGGAUGAGGAUGGGAAAUAGUUGUAAUGAUUUAUGUAAGGUUACAAGCUGCCUAUAAUCAUAGAGGGAAAGUAGGCAUAAUAAAAUUUGUAUAUGCUGAUAUGC